AUGAGUACUACAAUACAAACACCUGCAUCUUCUGACAAAUUGCAUGAAAUUGAAGAUGCAGAACUAUGGAAAACUUUUCGUAUUGAUUUUCAACUUGAAGCUAAAGAAUUUCCUGAUAAUAAAAUUUAUGCAAAUAUCAACAUUGACCCUGAAUCAGCUCGGCAACUCAUUGAAAAAUUUUCUGUAAAUAUCUGGUAUAUAAAAAAAAGAAUUACAAAUUAACGCGACGCAAACAUCGCCAACCCUCUACUGAAAGGAUGCAGUGUUCCAGAAUUUAAAGAAUCUGAGUAGGGGUGACACUUUAAUUUUAUUUUACUUUAAUAAAGUAAAGUGAACUAAAGCAUUUGACUUUACUGAGUAAAGUUAGCCUACUUUACUUUACUCGAUAAACUAAAGUAGAGUUACUUUACUCGAAAAGUAAAAUAAAGUAAAGUAUCUUUUACUUUAUCGAAAAAAGUAAAAUAAGAUAAAGUGAAGCAUGUAGUUGAUGAUUAUUGAUAUAUAAGUUCAUUAUCACAUAUUAAUAACAUUCCAAUACGUUAAAAGUUGUCUUGAACUAGGGACUGAAGGCCUCGAAAAGCGUAACCUAAUUUUGUUACUUUCAGAAACAGCAUUGAAUCCUGCCUAUUUUUCAUAAUUUUAUUUUCUAUUUUAUCAAAACCCAAUUUUCCACACCUGGAAUCUCCCUAAAGCAUUAAAAAAGAGCUUUUACUGUUCUAUUGCAAGUCUUUAUGGUUCAAUAGUAACAAGUGCGCUGAUUUUAAAUACCUCACUUAUUCUCAAACGUACCCAAAAAAUUAGAAGGUAAUGGCGUAUCUAUGAGGUGGCUAGAAAGGGCGCCGCUCUUCCACCGACAACAAGGAAAGCAUACCAAUUACUUUGAACUUUUCAUUGUCUUUCUAGCAUGUUAUAUAACUCUAGAUAUUCAGUUGAAGAGGAGUGGAUGCACCUUUGAACUUGAAUAAAACUUUACUUGAAAAACAAUUCCUGUUUGAAAUAAAAGGGUUCCUACAUAGGCCAUAAUCAAUAAUUACUUACAUCUAUUAUGAGUUUAUGGUAAUAUCUAAUACAAAAUUGUAGAGGAUGUAUUGAUAGAAAAGAUCAAAUCGAACCGAUAAAGCCCGGUUCGAGUUCGGUUCGGUUCAUCUUUCUUUUCUAAAGAAGAGUACAGAUUCAGCUUAUAAUUGUUUUCUUAAAAUUAUUUCAGAUUCUAUUGGGUUCAAGUGUAAUUCAGAAAAUCGGGAUAUGGAGUGCUAGCAGGAACAACCCAAGCAGACAAACAUAUCGAUUUUUGACGUUUUUUGAACAAAAAUAGUGAAUUUUACUCGAUUUUUAUGCGUCUUUUUCGGUUAUGUCAAAAAACGCAUGUUUUUGUUGAUUUUUUUCUAUUUUUCUAUUUUUUUCCACUUUCUUUUUUAUUUGUUUUUCUGUCAAAUUACGUUACAUUUAUGCAGAAAAGUGGUUAAAAAGGUAUUUCAAUCAAAAAAUGCCCAUUGUAUCUGAAAAAUUUUAAUUUUUGAGUGUAAAUAAGACACAUUUUUUUAUCCAGAAUUUUUCUGAGCAAUUUUUUUCACCAGUACAUUGAACUAAGUGCUUUCUUAUAUCAGUCAUUAGUUAUUUUUUACUCAAUGUGUCUCUUUCUGGUUCAUUAAGGGUUUUCUCUUUCUUCAAGAUAUGAAUGGUAAAUGCCGAAUUUGUCCUGAAAAGAAUAUGGAUACUCUGCCAAAGACAAAAGAAUCGCCUUUUUGCUAUUAGCUUGUUCUCAUUCAUCCAUUAUUAUCAUAUCUUCAUUUACAUAUCCAUAAGUAGAGCAUAAGUUAAACUACUCAUGUUUAUAUGCAGUCCAUUUUACUGGCUUAUUGUCUCAGAUUUGUUCGACAUAUACCAAAAUGUCUCAUUUUCGUGAUACUUUCCCUUGGACAAAAAAAGCUUCUUUGUCCGAUUCAUUUUUUCAUCCCCUACUACGCUGUAUUAAAAAAAAACAAAUCAGAGAAUGCAGUGUGGAAAGCUCUACAAUUCAUGAAGGACAGCUUAUUUGAUAAUUGCACUUUUUGUUUUCAAAAUGGACAAAAUUUUGAGCUACUAAUUUUUGACACUCCGAAAAAAAAAAUUAACUUUUUCGUACACGAUGACAUCUUUUUCUUAUGUCAUCAAUUAAUGAAUAUUGUAGAGCUUUUCACGCUGCAUCUUGUGAUGUAUUAACACAGCACCCCAAACGAUGAAAAAAUGAAUCGGAAAAAGGCGAUUUUUUUGUCUUUGAGGACUAGAUGGUGGUCGUCAAAAAUAUACGAGAAUAACUUUUUGAUUAUGUGUUUUCAGUUGUAUUUAGAAAAAUAAAACUGACCACUUUUUUGUGUUCUAUUUUUAAAAAUACCUUUAGUAACAGAUGGGUGUGGAAAUCCUGUUCAUCCACAGCUCACGCGAGACCCACAUCCACCAUAUAGCUAAGUUAUUCUUAACAAUAUAGACACCGUUGUUCUUCUUUUACAU